AUGCGGCAGAUGUAUACCGAGUUCGUCAAGCAGACGAAGGAGUCGCUGGGCGCGCUGCGGUCGCAGACGCAUAACGUGCGGCAGCUCGCGACGCAGAAGGUCGGCGGGGCGUCUAUCAAUGACAGGAAAGCGACAGUGGACUUGCAGAGCCCAAACGGGCAGACGAAGACGGAGGAGCUGCAGGACAUAGUAGAGAGUAUCAAGGGCGAUGUGACCAAGCGGAACGUGUCGCCGAAGCCGCAUGUGCUGAAAAAUGUCAAACGGACGUGGAGGCGGUCGCACUGGAGGUAGAUAGCCUAUAGAAGCACAUUCAGACGGUGAAGCCGAUAUGGGAGAAGAUGUGGGAGGAAAGGCUGCAGAACAUCAUCGAGGAACAACAGUUCCUGCAGCACCAGGAGGAGUUCCUUGAGCGACCUGCCGAAGGAUCAGAAGGCAGUGGUGGAGGUGUACGGGCACGUGGAGAAGGUGAUCUCCCUCUGGGGCUCGGCGGCGGCGUGCGCGAGCC